AUGUCGCCUCCUGCCAGCGUCACCAUCACCCAGCUCGAGCCUGUCAUCUUCCUGCGCGGGCAGUCGUCGUCGGGCGAAGAUGCACGCGGACGCAGACGCCCCGUCAACUUCGAUGCGCCACCCUCCCAGCUUCGCGCACUCGUCAUGGUCCAUCUGCCCAAGCCAUCCAAGAUCAAGGAAAUCUCCAUCUCGCUCAAGGGCACCGCCAGGACCGACUGGCCCGAGGGCAUCGGCCCCAACCGCGUCGAGAUGGUCGAGGAGAUGACCAUCUUUCAACACAGCAUCAGCCUCUUCAACGCAAAGGACGCCAACGACUCGGUGCCACGCGCUCGUCCCAGAAGCAACUCGGUCGGUCCAGGCAUCGGUCUCCAGGAAGAUGUCGAUUGGGACUACGCCGCGGCCGCCGCCAGUGCAAGAACUUCCGCCAGGCAGCCUUCGGGCAGCGUGCCGCGCCCUAUCAAUACUACCGGCCGCAGAGACGAAGAAGGUUCCAAGAACUCAGGCAGUCAAGGCCAAUCGGGCUCCAAUCUCGCUCGUCAGAUUGCCCUCGGUGCGGCCAAGGCGGGCUCCGCCAUUAUCCCGCCCACGCUGCGCCCGGACUUGAGUCACAUGAAGCUUCGAGACUCGCCCACCAGUCCCUCCCACCUUCGCCCCCCGGCCCGUCCUCCGCUGCAACGCACCGGCUCCGGCACUACCUCCUGGACCUCCGAGCAGACCAGCCCCGAUCUCGAGGCAACUUCGCCGCGUCUGUCUCCCACGGCCAACUUUUCGGGGUCCUGGACGCGAAGCGGACCCUCUACGAACGGCUCAGCAACAUCACCGCAGGACCUGUCCCGAUGGCACGACUACUUUGAGUCGCAGGGCUACGAGCGUCCUCCGCUUUAUGCGCCUCGAUCGGCUCCACUCCAGGGCUACGACAGCUGGCCUACCGAGCUGCCUUCGGACGCUUCGGCGACCGCGCCCCAGGUCGCUGGCCCUGACAGUCAAGCUGCCUCGUCGCUUGGCAGCGUCUCGUCGAGCGCCGCACCGAGCACCAGCACAACGCCUCUUGACCGCAGCGCUGCCAAUUCGGCUCAGGGGCUCGCGCGCCUCAACGCCGCCCUGACUGCUGUAGCACAGCCUCGGUCCAAACCCGGCGCAGCCGUGCACUCGGCUUCGCCUCCGUCUACAGCGCCGGGCAGGAGCAUUCUCCACACCCAGUCGCCAAGCGCACCUCGCUCCAAAGAGCAGACGGUGCGCUUUGAUCCGCAAUCUCGCGUCGACAAUGCGGCGGCAGCGGCCAGCAACGCAUCCAACAACAAAGCGAGCGGUACGCGCAGCAAUCCGUCGAGCCGAAGAAGCUCGAUGGAGCUGGACAAGAACAGCCUCAAGGGCAAGUCAAGCAGCAAGGCUGGUCAUGAUACCAAAGGCAAGAAGCCGGGUCUCAAGAACCUCAUCAACGGCCUGCUGAAGGAGCCCGCGGCUGAUUCCAAGACGCCAAGCGAAGAGCCAGCUCUGUCGGACUCCAAGGAGUUCAAGAAGGGCACCUAUACGUACCCGAUUAGCAUCUCGCUGCCGUCCAACUUGCCUCCCACGCUGCACGCCGACUUCGGCUUCAAUCGAUACAUCCUGCGUGCGCACGUGGUGCGCUCGGGUGCGCUGACGCCCAACCUUGUCGCCGAGCGCGAGGUGACGCUCAUCCAUGCGCCGGACGAAGACGCGCUCGAAGAGACGGACGCGAUCGUAGUCGAGCGAUGCUGGGAGGAUCUGCUGUCGUACAUGGUUGUCCUCAGCGGCAAGAGCUUCCCCGUGGGCCAAAAGAUCCCGUUGUGGCUCAAGUUUGUGCCUCUGGGCAAGGUGAAGAUCUAUCGGAUCCUGGCCACGCUCGAGGAGCGCACCGACUACUUUGCCAAAGGAAGACGCGUGGCGAGGCACGAGGUGCCGCGAAAGUGGACGUUGCUCAAGAUCGGCCACACGUCAAGCGCCGAGCCCAUCCUGCCCGUCGUGUCGGACAGCGCAGACGCUUUGGACAAGAGUCCGCUGGCCCCGCUCGCACGUGCUGCUGCAAACGAGGAUGAGGAUUCGGACGCGCUGGCGUCCAUCUUGGACCCUACGGGGCCUUGGGAGCUGGCGACCGAGCUGCCCAUCCCUGCGGGUGCGUCGACGCGUAUCAAUCUGAGCACCAACCACUCCAAGUCGAACAUCGCCGUGCACCAUCUGGUGCGGCUGUCGAUCCGCGUCGGUCGAUCGCAGGGCGAAUGGCAGGUGUGGAGCGAUGGUGCGGCCAACGCGAGCUCUUCGGCCAAGCCAGCACCGCAGCUGUACGACAUUAUCAUUGAGGCACCCAUCACACUCAACCACAGCCACACGGCGAGCGAAUGGACGGCGCUGCCCAACUACUGGAGCCUGCCUGCCGAGCCCGAGGAUGCGGACUCGGCGCGCGCGAGUCCCGAGAGAGAGUCGGCGCCCACACGACCAGCGCUGCCCUUGCCGGUGCUCACGAGCAGGACGGGCCUGGUGGGGCAAAGUCAUAGCACGACUCCCUCGCGUGCGGGGCCCGGAGGCGAAAACUCGCCGACCGGCUCGCCGCCCAUGUCUCGCAAUCCGACGCAACUUUCGCGACGCUGGCUUGCGCUCAGCGCAGACCAGAAUGCGCGAGACGGAUCGGCGUCAGCAGGUUCGAACGGUGGCUCGGUUCCUCCACCUGCGUACCAGGCCAACGCAAGGACCGGCGAAAGGACGGUGGCCUCGACGAGCAUGAGUCGGUCGCCUUCGACUGCCGAUACCAGCGAGGGUGCCGUGCGCGAUGCGACCGGUCCACCAGCGUCGACCCAGGCGGCAAACGCGGUCGGCAUGGCGCACUAA